AAGCCGGCUCGCCCCUCUUCCGAAGCCAAAAGCGUUUCCGACGCCAUGCUCCGCUCGCUCCUUGCACUGGCCGUACUGGCCAAUGGGGAGGUUCAGCUGGAGCAUGACGACGAGUGCCUUGCCCGAGAAGGCGAGGGAAACUGCGCUCUGUCGGCGGCGCAGCUGCGCACAGCGCGGCUCAGCGAGGAACUGAAGCCGGCCAAGGAAGCAGCUUCCCACGAGCAAAAAGACUUGAAGAGAAAGCCGGAGCUUCUGCGCGAGAGCCACAUGGCUCCACCGGCCCAGCACGACGAGCACGAGCCCGGCGCCGUGGCCUUGGGGCCGGAGGCCAGCUACUCCAAGGAGGAGUUGUUGCAGCUCCUGGAGCUGCACAAGCAGCGCAUGAACAGCUCCAUGAACAGCUCCUGGGGCUCCUCCUCCUCCUCCUCCUCCUCCAGCUAUGCCAAGUUCGCCAGCUCGUGCUACGGCUUCACUGGCGGCACUUGCACCUUUGCCAGCUGCAACAGCGACCGCAUGGCCGUGUGCAGCAGUGGGAAGUGCAUGUGCCCGAAUGGGUGCACCGGUGCCGAUGGCAGGUGCUAUCACACGCCGAACAUGCUGGUCAGCACCAGAUUUACCCUCACAAACGUAUACUGGCCAAGCUACAAGAUGUACUUCCAGCGCAUCACCACCUUUGGUCAGAUGAGCACCUCCAACAUGCCCAGCUUUUCCUUCAUGGGCUCGGAUGAAUUUGACCUGUACCGGGUGCCAGGACUCUUCAACGGCAAAGCGCUGUUCAUGAUUGCAUCGCACAAGUGGCCAACCUAUGUGCUGGCGAUCCGCGCCACCACGGGCACGGCCUUCAGCCCCUUCGGCACCUACUCGGUGGAGCUCAAGGACACCUCCGCGCCCUGGAAACCCGAAGACAUCAUGCUCCAGGUCUGCUCGAUGGCGAGUAGGGGAAAGCCCACCGCCAUCAUGAUUGGAAGCGCUGGCUCGUUGAAGAGCAUUUGGGCCUAUGUGCACACGGGCUCCUGGGGCGUGUGGGGUUCCAUCACGGACCCAGGCCGUGGUGGGCAGUGGGAUGCCAAUCCGCCCCUGCCCUACGGCGCCAUCCCGCCCUGCUGAGCGGCUUGCUGCACAAUUUUGAGACGGGUUCCACCAGGGAUCCUGAGCAACUCAUAGUCUUGUCAAGGCACAAGCAUCUUUGUUAGAUCAUUCAAGCUUAGAGCGCCUCUUGGUAUA